AUGCUGACUGCCGAAGACGACACUACAGCCGUGUUGCGUAUGAUUCGUGGCACGGCAGUUUCGUCGUGCGCGGGCGUGCCGGCGUGCUGUGGGCGCGCGCACGUUCAGAUACGCGCAGCUACCUUCUGUACCGCGCAUGUCCUAGACGCCGCGCAGAUAUGGAGGACCGUCCUUAAAUACGGACGGAGGAGCGGACAGGGGAACAAGAUAUUGAAUGCGUUCAAUGAACAUUUUGAAAAAGUUAAGAGACAUUUCUAUAUGCGAGAUCGUGGAGAAGUAAAACAUAAAAGUAGUAUUUUACACUUCAAACGGAACCUGAUGGAUUUGAAAGAAUCGAGAGACGCCGCUGGUAACCUGCUCCUGGCUGAAACUGAUGUUAUGAUAGAAAUAGCGGGUUGUUAUGUUAUGAGGAAUCGAGCUGACGCGUCCCUGACAGACGAGGCGGACGCCAUAUGUCUCCGGCCCACGUUCCCCUGCAUCCUCCAGCCUCGCUCGUCACUCCAAGUGGCCUGGAACGUGUUCGUCACCACGGUCAUCAUCACCGUCUGCAUCACUCAUCCGUAUUUCUUAGUUUACAAAAAAACUGUUCCGAUCGAGUUUAGAUUCUAUGACUACGUGGUGACCUUCAUCUACAUUCUGGAUUUGGUGGUGCACCUGUCUACUGGCGCCAAUGUUGAAGAUGGUGUUCCAAUAACUCUAGCGCAGACCUCCUCUCAACAAGCGCAGAGCAAGUUGUUCGUUCUGGAUGUCAUCGCGACGUUGCCGCUCUUGGAGUUUGUUGGUGAUGGACACUUCGCUGGUCUCAACAAACUACUCAGAUUACCGAAGGUGUUUCGUGUGCUGAAAAUUGUUGAGGAAGAAUGUGUGUAUCACAGCAACAUUGUUAGAUUCUGUUCUUACGCGUUGUUGUUGCUUUCCGCCUGUUAUCUGCUUGCUGCUCUUCAACAAGGAUUUAUGUGCUUCCAGUUUGGAUAUUGUUUAGUGACGAAUUUCACACAUAGUCCAUACUGGGAGAAACAGCCGCUUGAUACAGAAACUGUGCCCCACCGGUUGACGUUUGGACUCUAUUGGGCCAUAUCUGUAAUAACUUUUACUGCUCAUAUGGAGACCUGGGGAAUCGAUAACUGGAGACACGUCCUUUAUACGCUUAUAGUAUUAGAAAUUUGUGUCAUCUUGUACAUAUUUAUUGAAGCUGUCUACUCCGCUACAAUAAUGGUCACAUCUGCUUUGAGAGAGGAUUAUGACGCAUCCAUAGAAAUGGUUACAAAGUUCCUUCUGAGAAAAGAUAUCGACCCAGUGUUAAGACAAAGAUUCGUCGAGUACUUACAGCUGUGUUGGUUCACGGACAAGGCGUAUUCAAUUACGAAUAACGAGAGCUCAAUAUUCUACGAUCUGCCGCCGCACGUGUAUCAAGACAUAGUUUCAAGACAGAGGAGCAAGUAUGUACUGAGUUUGCCGUUCAUGAAGUGGCUUCAUAAAGAAGACUUGAAGACAAUAUCUUCUAAAGCGAGACUGUUCUGUACAGCCCCUAAUGAAAUAUUACUGAACACGGGGGACAUGUGUAACGAGAUAUAUGUUAUCACGAGAGGGAUAUGUGAGAUUUUGAGUCCUGAUACUAAAGGAGUCGUUGCAGAACUCGGUGCCAGAUGCCACUUCGGAGUGCUUGAAUGUCUACUAAGAAUUCCGGCAUUUUAUACUGUGCGUGCUGUGACAAACGUGGAAAUGUUUAAAAUAUCACGGAAACAUUUGAUCAACGCCAUAGAAGUACCGCAAAUAAGAGAUGCUAUAGACUUCUCAAAGGAGCGACCGGAAUACCAUCGUCUUCAAAUCCGUCGCGCACCCUUCACGUCCUACCGACCUCCAGAUCCUCCUCCGAAUAUGGAAAGAUUCCGUUUGCCAAGAAAGUACGAGAAAGACUACGCUUUUCUACAUCCAUUCGACAGAUUGGGAUUACUUUCAUUCCUUAGGUACAUCUUCCCUCGUUUCACUCUCCGUCCCGAUGGUCGUUAUCUCGUUCGUUACGAGUGGAUCCGAGCGACCUCUGCCCUUCUCUCCGCGCUCGUGUUUCCUCCAUACACCUACCUCGUGCUCCAGUUUCCUUGGCUUAAUUUAGUCGCCUGGCUUCUUGAUUUGUCUGCAUACUUUGAUAUUUUACAGAGAAUGCUCGUUGGUUAUUAUAAUGACGACGGGAUAUUAAUAUACCACCCGUCCAGCACCGCUGCUCACUAUGUUAAAGGAGCGUUUUUCAUUGACCUCUUUGGGUGCCUGCCUUUAGAAAGGCUCGAGUCUUCGUGGAAGCAGUCCUAUCAGAACAGAUACCGCGAGACUCCCACUAGGCAGUUCCUGAUGUUGAACCGUCUGCUGCAGCUGUACCGCACGCCGGCUGCACAGCUCGGGCUUGCCUCCUUUAUACGAAGAGAUAUACUCUUAGUAAUUAAAUCCCUUCCGUUAUUCCUGGCCUUGCUCAACGUGCUCACCAGCUUCCUUGUAUACUCCUCCGUCAAUAUUUACUACACAGUGGAGACGAACGAAUGGUUCAUAAUUCCUUUACCCGAUCCGGGGGGUUCGUGGUUACACUUAUUUAGAACAGCAUAUCGAUUUAAUGUAACUGAGUCACCAUGGAACUUGCACCUGGGUUCGUACUUCUGGGUGGUGUACGAAACCACUACCACGGGCUACAGCAACUUUAAACCUACCAACUUCAAUAUCAUAAGGGUCCUCAUAGCCGGGAUGAUGAUCGGAGCACUUAUAACGACGUACUUCUCUGUCAGAAUUAUAAGCAUAAGGGCGAACGUUAAUAAAGAUCUUGCAGCGUUUCAAGAGAAUAUGAUUGAUUUAUCGGCUUUCAUGAGAAGAGAGAAACUGGAUUCUAAUCUACAAAAACAAGUUCUAGCGCACUAUCAAUACAACUGGGAGCGUAUGGGAGGUAUCGAUUACCGAAACGUUCUCAAGAUGUGUCAACAGAUUACGUUAAGAACUGACACCAUUCUGCAGAUCUACGGACAAACAUUUACAAUGUGCCCUAUUUUGAAUAAAUGUGACGUGUCCCUCCUACGUCUUAUUGGUCGCGCUGUCAGAACUACAUACUUUCUAAAAAAUACAACAAUAAUUGAAAAGGAGGACGUUAUUUCGGAUAUUUUCUUCGUUGACCUCGGCUCUGUAGACCUUGAAGAACACAAGACUGAAACGAGCGUUACACUGGAAAAGGGCAGUAUGUUCGGUAACCUAACCUCUCGCAACACGUUCCGGUGUCCGGACAUCGUGAAGUCUCACGAGGACGUCCGUCUGCUUCAUAUCAACGCGCAGACCUUCUUCAGCAUCAUCGCCGAUUUUCCCACUGUAGAUGAACUGCUGGAAAUGUAUCGACCGAAUAAUGAGAGCUACAUUGUCGGCGUUGAAACUAUCAUACCGAGAACAAAAGCUAACUUAAGUCUCGCUACCUCCUCCGUGCCGACCAGCCAAAGGAGAUACUUCAGUUUCCUCCACGUCAGGCAGUCCAUAGCCAGGAUGUACCUCAUCAUCAUCUCCCUGGCGUGCAUCUACGCUGACAUUUACAACGCCGGCUUCCAAGACAACAGACCCUUGCUCAUCAUGGCCUUGUACCUGUUGGACUUCUGUUUCAUGUGGAAGUUCGUGUUACAGUACUUCAUACCGCAAAUGAUCGACGUUGAUGACGUGGCGGUAACUCUAUAUAAAUGUCUGAACCAUCACCAUGAGCGUAUAUCUGGUAACCUGACCUUAUCGACGACGGUCAGCGUCCUGAUCUGGUUCACCGUCUUCAUCCACGGCUCGGUCAGUCUUUGGUUCUUCAUCGGAACCCUUGAAGAAAACGCCGCUGCGAAAUCCUCAUGGAGCUAUGGCGAGGAUGGUGUGUCGUGGUGUAACAACAACUACAUCUGUUCACUUUAUUUUAUAUUGACAACCUUCACACAAACCGGUGUUGGAGAUAUACUGCCGAAGAAACAGUCUGAGGUGCUCUUUGUGUCGGGUUUCCAAAUCAUUUCCACCAUGAUGUGUAUGGUGUACGUCGGGGAACUCUCUAACAUAAUCCAGUACAAUUCUUACAGAUCCUUUAACUUUUACGCCAAUUACUUACAACUGCAGGAGUUUCUUAAAAACAAUCGCGUAUCGAAGAAUCUUGUGGCAAUAGUAAACAAGUACUGUCUUCACUUGUGGCGUGAGUCACGAGGUCUGCAGAUCCCGUACUUGUUGAAGACGGCUCCCGACUGUCUGAAGCUGCAAGUCAUGGGCGCUGCUUAUUUAAAACACUUGACUGAGAAGGAUGUAUUUAAAGCUUGUGAACCGGCGUUCCUACGUCAGCUCGUUGGUUUUUUGCAAUUGUAUAGUUACAACGAAGAUAUGUACGUUGUAAAGGAAGACGAAAUUACAAAUUCCAUGUACUUCGUUCAUUUGGGGAAGGUGUUAGAAACUUCAAAAACUUCUAAUAUUGUUAAAUCUUAUCACCCUGGAGAUUGUUUUGGAGAGUUGCAGGGUCUGGAGCAGGACUUACCUUAUACUAAAUCAUAUAAAACGGUUAUGAAAUCACAAAUUUUAAGUUUACAUCUUAAUGAUUUAAAAUAUUUACUGGCACAUUUCCCUCUAAGUAAAAGUACGAUUUACAAAUCGGAUGAUUCCGACGCUCCUCCACCUUCUCCUCCGGUCAACCAAGGUGAUGAUCACAGUGACAAAAGCUUCAAAAUUAAACUACAACCAAGUUAUGACAAAUCCCUAAGAGUCGACACACCACCCAUCAUACAUUCUGAUAUUGGUCAAGGAAAAGCGAUGCAAGAAGCAGACUUUGAAGAACUUGACAUCGAAUGGCCCACGAACAUACGAAGUCGCUCUUUAGACGACGACAACGCGAUCAAUCUUGAGGUUGAAAAAGAUACAAUACUAUAUGACGAAACGAAAGCAGAGGGAAGCGCAGAGGAUGUGACCAAAAAAGAAGAAAAGACAUAUCAAGACGAUUUCAAGAGCGUUGAAGAUUAUAUUGAAUCCAAACACGGCUCAAACUCUAUGGAUCCGAAAGAAAGUUAUAAAACAGACUUAGCUGGUACAUCCGGCUUGAAGAGGAGGAAGCCUCAUGUGUGGUAUCAAGAGAAGGAAGGUGCUUCACCGUCCACAGAAACACGUGAACUCAAACCGAUCAGGGACCAGAGUAUUGAUGAACGUAAUUCAAAAACCUUCGACAGCGACACGCCUCUCAACAUCAAAGAAUCAACAUCCUCUCAGGAAAGCGUCGACAAAUUCAAAAGUCAGAAGAGACGUAAUGAAAAUUGA